UGUCACAUGACGGCGCACGCUUCCCUUCGAUAACAGCAAUCAAGAAUGUUCACGCUUUUUAAAUGUCUGAGUCUAAAGUGCUCUAAACUAAUCACGCACACGAUAAUGUUUAACACGCCGGCAAAGGACACGUUUUAGCUUGUUCAGUGGGAGACAGCGAAAUGUACGCGGCGUGGUUCUUGUUCUUCGUGGCAAGUUCUUCUGCCAACUGGGUGUCAUCUAAGCGAUCCUUCGCUAUAGACUAUAAAAACAAUUGUUUCCGAAAAGAUGGACAACCCUUUCAGUACAUCUCGGGCAGUAUUCACUACUCCCGAAUCCCACGUUUCUACUGGAAGGAUCGGCUGCUCAAGAUGUACAUGACGGGACUCAACGCCAUCCAAGUAUACGUUCCUUGGAACUUCCACGAAACGGUCGAGGGGGUCCGCGACUUCGCAGGGGACAGGGAUUUGGAGCAUUUCUUGGAUCUGGCCAAUCAGACGGGCCUGUCGGUGAUCCUGCGCCCAGGCCCGUACAUCUGUGCCGAAUGGGAGAUGGGCGGGUUGCCGGCAUGGUUACUUCAAAGAAGCAACAUUGUACUACGCUCAUCUGAUACAGAUUUUUUACAGGCGGUCACUAAUUGGUUUGCGGUCUUCCUCCCCAAAAUGAAGCCCUGGUUGUAUGUUAAUGGCGGAAACAUCAUUAGCAUCCAGGUUGAGAACGAGUACGGAAGCUACUUCGCUUGCGACUACAACUACAUGCGGCACCUGCAGACCGUGCUGCGGUUUUAUCUGGGCAAAGACGUCGUCCUGUUCACCACCGACGGCAACACGGAUAAAGAAAUGACGUGCGGGACCUUGGGGGGAUUGUACGCCACUGUGGACUUUGGCACAGGCGACAACAUAACUGAAGCCUUCGACCGGCAAAGGCAGUUUGAACCUCUGGGGCCUUUGGUCAAUUCAGAGUAUUACGCCGGAUGGUUGGACCACUGGGGGGAUGAGCAUGCCGUGGUUGACGCUCAGAAGGUCAGCAAAGGGUUAGCAGAGAUGCUAAGCAUGGGCGCUAACGUCAACAUGUACAUGUUUGAGGGCGGGACAAACUUUGGCUACUGGAACGGCGCCGAUCACGAUACCAAGUUCAGCCCCGUGGUGACCAGCUACGACUACGACGCGCCUCUGUCGGAGGCAGGGGACCCCACGGAGAAACUGUUGGCCAUUCGAGAUGUCAUAAAAAUGUUCAAAGCAGUUCCACUUGGACCCAUGCCACCCGCUACUCCCAAAUUUGCCUAUGGCUAUGUGACGCUAAAAAAGGUGGGCAACAUUAGCAGCUUGCUGGACCGACUUUCUGCAGGUCCUGUUCAGUCCAAGUACCCUCUGACUUUUGAGGACCUCAAACAGUUCUACGGAUACAUUCUAUACCAGACCACGUUGCCCCGGGACCUCGCUGAGCCCACCCUACUCAUCUCUCCCACCAACGGAGUUCGUGACCGCGCGUACGUGUCCGUCAACGGGGUUUUCCAGGGUCUCCUGGAGAGGGACACGGUACUCGUGAUGAACGUCACUGGACGGCAGGGGGACAUCCUGGAUGUCCUCGUAGAGAAUAUGGGCAGAGUUAACUUUGGGAGGCAUAUCAAUGAUUACAAGGGUCUCCUUGGUAACCUCAUCCUGGGCCAAGAUGUAUUAAGUGACUGGAAGAUGUACCCUUUGGACAUCGAUGGAGCCAUUGCUGGAGGGUGGCCUCACGUGGUCGACCUCCCCGACCAAGCGAACGGACCUUCUUUUGGACCGGCCUUCUACAUGGGGACAUUGCAGCCCACUGGUGUAGCAUGGGACACCUUUCUCAAGAUGACGGAUUGGACAAAGGGGCAGGUUUGGAUCAACGGUGUGAAUCUGGGUCGGUACUGGCCAACCAGGGGCCCGCAGCAGACCCUUUAUGUUCCCGGACCCCUGCUCAGCACCGCCCUGCCCAACAACAUCACAGUAUUAGAGCUGGAGGGGGCGCCGGCACAUUUAAGGGUGCUCUUCAUGGAUCGACCGCUCCUCAACGCUGCAGCUAAUGAAUCGUGACACUUGUUUGAAACAAUAAUACGCGCACAAUGCUUUUGAUAUGUAUCCAGCUUGAAAGAUCUUAUUACCGUAAACCUUGUUGUUUUGUACAAUAGCGUCAUUGUGAAAAAGUAUUCUAUGCAAGAAUCAAGUCAAAAGAUUACAGUAAUAGUCGCAAUUCCUUGAGAAAAUGGUCAGAAGAGGUGAAAUGGGGGAAAAAAAAAAAACAUUUUGGAAGCCUAAUAGCGGAAUUGUACAAGUCAUACGGUUACAGUAUUAAUAAUAAAAAGGAUUUUCUUUUCCUCCCCUC